AUGGCAAAAUCAAAGUCUUCCGCCGCAAAAAAGCGUUAGCGGGGUAUCAAAACCCUUCUCAAAGAGUCAGGACCAAUGACUUUCCAGACGCUUUGUUGGUGGAAACUCCACUCAAUUCCGCCGACCCUCCUCCCAAACCACGUCCAAAUGUUCACGAAUGGUACCACUGGGGCGCAGUUCCUCGCAGAGAGCUCUGCGCUCUCUCAAUCCGAUCUCGCCGACCUCCCCUUCUCAAAGAAACCCGACCGACGCACAAUCACACGCGUAUAUAAGCAGGCGGAGUCAAAGAGACUCACAAGACUUCCACCUGAGAUUCUGCGGCUUAUAUACGACUCAUUUGACCCCAUGGAGGGGGGCGGGGGUGGUAUUUUGGCGCAAUUUGCGCUUUGCAAGGCGGUUUUCCCUCUCCUGGAGAGAUAUUGGGACUCUCGAGGCCAAGAAAGCCUCCAAUAUGUACUUCGCUCGGUUAUUUGUUCUGCUGCUUUGGAUCCCCUCCCAACCAUCUAUACGAAGUAUACUUCGGCCUACCAUCCCCAGCCAAACAUUUGGCGAGAAUCCCACGAUUCCUGGGUCCUUGAGGGCAAUCCCCUCCCCAACAUGCUUCGCUACUAUUCCGACUUACGGGGAUUACAGCUACCACGAUACAGUGAGGUACGAUGGGUUGGACAAUUCAAAAACCAGGUCGAGAAGAUGUUCGCGUACCAUGUGAAGGAAGCCCACGGCGGUUACUCGCCAGAAUUGAUUCUUUCCUGCCUUUUCGGUACCGCGAACUCUCCUCCCUGUAACCUGGAAGCCCACUAUCAAAGUGUCGUUCGGCAAGGAACCAGCAAAUACAUCGUCAUCAAUAUCAACGCGGUUCCCCAGAUGCAGCCUCUGCCUAAUGGUACAUGGUCGGUCAACGCCAAUGAGCGGAUCCUCCUGAGUGUUCGUGAGCUUUGCCGUAUACAACGACUUCUAGGCUUAGCGAGCUUCAUGACGAAGACGGGGCAGGGUCUUAUGAGGCAAUUGACUGCGUUUAAUGGGGAUUGGUGCAAUUGGAAGCCCGUUGAUGGAUUUUGGGGCGAUGCCUUCGAGGCAGCCGAUGCGAUCAUCGAAAAAUUACAGGAUGCCUAUAUUCGCACCGGAGGAUGGCAAACACGAUGGAUACCAUAG